AUGGCUGAGGGCCCUCGCUCACGUAAAAGACCCACUGUCUCCUGCACCCUCUGCCGCAGAAGAAAGAUACGGUGUAACAGAGAGACGCCAUGCAGCAACUGUAUCAGGUCAAAGACGGGGUCUUGUGUAUACGAGACUCAAUCAUCUCUAGAUCAGAGGUUGGGUAAAAGAGCACCUGCAUGCAUUCAACCACAGCACGAUGUACCAGGACCAAUCGCCGGCUCCAACAUACCUUCAGGAGUCUCGACUACAAGUAGCUCAUCCUCUACAAAACACCCUACAGACGGCAGCAACUACGCUGCGUUUGAGCUGGAAGCCAUGCGAAUUCGCAUCACUGAACUGGAAGAUAAGUUAUAUCGUGCUAGUAGUGUUACCAACUCGCCGUUUUCGGACGCUGCUUCUACUCCAGCUUCGACACAUUCCGUGCGGACUGUCAGCUGCCUGGCGACAACUCUAGAUGUUCUUGAAGAUACCCGGUCACCCAGCGGCACCUCCAUCUCUCGGAGUGUCGCACAUAAAAACCGUGUGUUUGGGCAAAGCCAUUGGAUGAACAUUUUCGUCAUGUUCCGCCAAAUGCUUGAGAUGAUUGAGCCGCAUCUUCGAGCCGGAUCCAUGAACUGUAUCAAUGACAUACAACGAGCCAAGAAGCUUGCCCGUGUCAUCAAAGCGAGUCGCUCUCCAGCCUGGCCUACUCAGCCGUGCAGAGACUUGCCGCCCAAGCCACUUUGCGACCAACUUGUUGCCGCAUACCUUCGUACCAUAGAGACACUAUACCGGGUCUUACACGUGCCAAGCUUCCAGCGUGCAUACGAAGACAUAUGGAGCACCGACACAGUUCCUAGCAUGUCCUUUGUAGUGAUGCUCAAGUUAGUCUUGGCAAUCGGUGCCACCUUUUACGAUGACAACAUGUCCCUGCGGGCCGAAGCGAUACGCUGGGUGUACGAAGCACAAACAUGGCUGUCCUCGCCCUCAUUCAAGUCGCAGCUUGGCAUUCAAUACUUGCAAAACAGCAUCCUCCUGCUCUUUGCACGCGAACUUGUUGGAGUGGGCGAGGCCCUUGUAUGGAUUUCGCUGGGUGCCGUGUAUCGUACAGCAGUCUAUAUUGGACUGCACAAAGAUCCCUCCCAUCUUCCUGCAAUGACCACACUGGAGGCAGAAAUGCGCCGACGGAUCUGGAAUACGGUACUUGAGUUAUCGUUGCAGAUGAGCAUGAUGUCUGGUGGGCCACCACUAAUUUCCCAAGAAGAAUACAGUACUGCGCCUCCAGGAAAUUUUGACGACGAGGAACUUUUGAGGGCGGAUCCCGUCGCGGCACACGACCAAGUCUUUACGCAAACGUCAGUGGCGAUUGCUCUUCGGAAAACACUGCCGGUUCGGCUUGCGAUACUCAAAUUUUUGAACGAAAUCGCUUCAAGUGGGACGUACGAAGAGACAUUGCACAUUGAUGGAAUGCUCAGAAGUGCGUCCAAGAACUUGCGCCGUACACUGCACGGCUACAGUGCUGGGGCGCAUUCGCCGUCACACUUCACGCUGCAAGCAGUUGAGUUUAUUAUGCAGCGCUACACGAGCUGCCUCCACCUCCCCUUCUUCGCCUCUGGACUCACAGAUCCAAGGUUCGCUUACUCACGAAAAGCCACGGUGGAAUCGUCGCUCAAGAUCUGCAAUAUAGCGCAUCCGGUAUGUGCGGGCAGUGUUUGCUCGGAAGGCGAGAGGGACCUAGAUCGUCUAUGUCGGUGUGGGUCGGGCUUCUUCCGGGAAUAUGCUUUCAAUGCUUCGUUGUUCUUGACGAAAGAGUGGACCAUGCGAGUGCAGGACGAUGAAGAGGACGCAGACAUGAUGUCGAGCCCGCUGAGAGUCGCGGUUGAGCAGGCUACAUCUUGGGCUUUGGACGCCAAUCGAGCUGGCGAAACGGGCGUCAAGGGCUAUCUUGUGCUGUGUCUCCACAAGGCAUGGAUCGACGCGACAAAACGUCGGGCCAACCGGUCGGAUUUCCCAAUGCUCUUGGUAGAAGCCUUGCGACGGGCCCUGGACGUGUGCGUCCCGCUGCUAGAGACGAUAGCGAGCACCCAAGUGCAGUGUUUGAGCCCGUAUGCCGCCAACGAGCUGGAGGCUGUUGGAGAAGGUGACUUUCAGUUUCCAGCCGAAGGUGCCGAGGAUUGGGACACGGUGAUGUGGGAAACGUUCAACAUGGACGAUAUCGGGAGCUUUGACGCGUUCAUGCCAUGA